AUGGAGCCUGACGAUGCCUUCCACCGAGCCUUUUGCCGCGCCUGCCGCUUUGGCGACCUGCCAAGCACCCAGGAAGCCAUCGCGACCGGCCGCUUAACCGUCGAACAGCUUAACGAGGGCCUUAAGUACGCAACACGAAUGCGGCAGGUUGGUAUUGCGACGCUACUUUUUGAUGCUGGCGCCAGCGUCUCAACCUGGACAGUGGACUCUCUCCCCGGAGAGUACCUCCAGCAGGACCCUCGCAUUGUUCGCCUCUUUCUUGAGCGUGGCCUGGACCCCAACGCGAGGCUCUCCACCGGCGAGCCUCUACUCCCGAUGUUUUCGAAUCCCGAAUGUGCGGCCUUAUUGCUCUCGGCCGGGGCAGACCCUAACCGGCCCGGCGCAAAAGGGAUCCCCCCUAUUGCCCGUGCCAUCGUGGGCACCAGGGAGCCAAGCACUUCCCUGAUUGAGCUCUACCUCGCACACGGCGCAAAGCUAGAAUCAACUCUCCUCUUCUAUUCUCUCAUGCCGCGCGUGCCCCAGCACGAGCUGAUGACCCGGUUCCUGCUGGACAAGGGCGUGGAUCCGAACGUUACCUCUAACGACUGGGGCACGCCUCUGCACCUUGCCGUGAGAGUCGGCAAGGUUAAUCUCGCUAAGAUGCUACUGGAGGCGGGUGCGGACCCCACGGUUGUAUCAUGCGGCAGGAAAAUCGGUAGCUUGACCCCUGCGCAGGUGGCGGAGGAAGACUCGCCUGUUGAGACCCGCGAGGAGAUACUCCGUCUCCUCGAAUCUUACUCUGGCCAACCUUAG